CGGGCGGCGUUGCUGGAGCCCAGCUACACCCCGCUGGUGGCCGCCUGCCUCUGCCUGGCCGAGGGCGGCGUCAACCUCUGGGUCAUCCGCAGGGUCCCCUACACCGAGAUCGACUGGAAGGCCUACAUGGAGGAGGUGGAGGGGUUUGCCAACGGGACCCUCGACUACACCCAGCUGAAGGGUGACACCGGGCCGCUGGUCUACCCCGCCGGCUUCGUCUACAUCUUCCUGGGCCUGUACUACGCCACGGGCCGUGGCACCGACAUCCGCCUGGCGCAGUACCUCUUCGCCGGCCUCUACCUCCUCAACCUCCUCCUCGUCUUCCGCAUCUACUGCCGAACAAACAAGGUCCCCCCGUAUGUUUUCUUCUUCAUGUGCUGCGCCUCCUACCGCAUCCACUCCAUCUUUGUCCUGCGGCUCUUUAACGACCCCGUUGCCAUGGCCAUCCUCUUCCUCGCCAUCAACCUCUUCCUGGAGGAGCGCUGGUCCUGGGGCUGCCUCCUCUUCAGCCUGGCUGUGUCUGUGAAGAUGAACAUCCUGCUCUUCGCACCUGGACUUCUCUUCCUCCUCCUCCAACGGUUUGGUCUCCUGGGCUGUAUCCCCAAGCUCUGCAUCUGUGCCCUGCUCCAGGUGGUUCUGGGGCUGCCUUUCCUGCUGGUGAACGCUGUGGGGUACCUGACUCGCUCCUUCGACCUCGGCCGCCAGUUCCAGUUCAAAUGGACGGUGAACUGGCGCUUCCUCCCAGAAGAGGUUUUCCAGAAUCGGGCUUUCCACGCCAUGCUGCUCCUGGCUCACCUGGCCGGCCUGGGGCUCUUUGCACUGCACCGAUGGCACAGGUCCAAAGAGAGCAUCCUGACUCUACUGAAGGAUCCUGCUGAAAGGAAACACGCCUCCCCUCCCCUGACCGUCAACAAGAUUGUCUUCGUCCUCUUCUCCUCCAACUUCUUGGGCAUCUGCUGCAGCCGCUCCCUGCACUACCAGUUCUACGUCUGGUAUUUCCACACGCUGCCCUACUUACUAUGGUGCACCCCUACCACCAAGCUCGCCCACAUGCCCAAGGUGCUGCUGCUGGGCGUGAUCGAGCUCUGCUGGAACACCUACCCCUCCACAGUCUGCAGCUCCCUCUCCCUCCACAUCUGCCACGGACUCGUCCUGCUCCAGCUGUGGUAUGGCACGGCUCCCCCGCCAGCACCACACACCCCCCCGCUGAGCAGGAGGCCCGCAGCCAUCUCCAAGAAAGCCCAGUGA